UAUAAGCGGAAGAUUAGUGGAUGUGACUAAAAAGCGUGGGGCUCGUUAUCUAUUGUCGGAAAGGGAGGAAAUGGCAAGGGCGUUUGCUCUUUUCUCCGUUCCGAGUUCUCACGAGCCUCAUCUGUAUAAGCGUAACUGCAUAUCCAGAAACUCGCGGGAAAUUGUCUCCUACCCGCUCCUUAAGUUUAAUGCUCCUUUGUGCUCUCCCUCUUCAACCACUGUUGUGGAAGAUGGCCCUUCUUCGUCAGAUGCACUUCCCGUCCAAUCUGAUUCUGCCGCUGAUGACGCUGUAGAGAUUCCUCAGAGCGGUUGUAGGGCAUGCGGAAGGGAAGAAAUCGAGAAGGGGUGUAAUGGUGAAGGGAGGAUCCAAGGUGGGAUUGCAACAGUACCAGGAUUUGGAUGGUGGCCUAUUAAGGCUUACAGACCUUGUCCUGGAUUCGUGGCUUCUGGUGGGAGGUAUCGGCGUCAAGGACAGAGUAUGGAUGAAGUUGCCUUUGGACGUGGUGAAAAAGCUUCAUUAAGAUCUAGCGGUGACAAGAAAUCGAGUGAGAAAAAGGAGGGAACGAGGAAAUUGAAGAGGUAAACUUGUUUGGUGGGGGUGUCCACAUGCUCAUUCCCUUGUUGAGACGGCCUACAGAGAAAAGCUUAAACCAACGCUCAUGACCAGGAGACAAUGGGGCUUGAGGAAAUGACCAUCCUUACCAUAUUUUCGUUUGAUAUGCAGACGGGUCUUGGAUUUAAGAUGUGGUCUGCUCAAAAUUUUAAUACAAUAUUCUCCCAGGAUGCUAGAAAUAUGUUACAAUUUUCUUUUUUUUUUUGGUUUUUUUUGCUCAAAAUUUUAACAUGAAAAUGCUUGGACUAGGUGAAGAUACUGGGCAAAAGUAUAAUUUUGCUUGUUAAAGAAUAAUGAGAAUAAUGACUUGCUACAAA